ACGCCCACAAGCGAGCCACUCUGGGCGGCUGAAGCGGCACUUUACCGCAAGCUAGUGUACACGGGGCAUACCAGUGGCAAAGAUGGAGAGUAGCACCACUAUUAGGAGAAUAAAAUCAUACUGGACACAAAACAAUGUAUCGGAAAGGAAUAAUGACCCUGAGGAUCAAUGCGGAACCAACGGAUGCAGUGCCGUGAAAAAGAAACCCGAAGUGAGCUUGUACUUGCUACAUGAAGGCGUCGGAGUUGCGCUGGUGAUUGUAUUUAUUCUGGUGCUGUGGGGACUCGUUCAUUUAUCAUUAAAGCAAUUUGCCAUUGGAAAAUCUACUGGCGAGUUCAAUGCUGUCAGGGCAAGGAAGCACCUAGAGCGCAUCACCAGUGUCGGUCCUCGUCCUGUGGGCAGCCGAGAGAACGAGGUCCUAACAGUAAACUUCCUGCUGGAGCAGAUCGAGCACAUCAAGGCCGAAAGCGCCUCAGGACCCCACUCUGUCACUGUGGAUGUCCAGAGGCCCACAGGCUCCUUCAGCACCCAGAGAGGGUUCAUAUCCUACUAUGAUAAGGUCAGCAACAUCGCUGUUCGUCUGGAGCCCAAGGCUGGGGCUCAGCACCUCAUGCUGGCCAACUGCCACUUUGACUCUGUGGCCAACAGUCCAGGUGCGAGUGACGAUGCGGUGAGCUGUGCGGUGAUGUUGGAGGUGCUUCACUCCCUGGCCAACCUCUCCACUCCCUUAAGACACGGGGUGGUGUUCCUCUUCAACGGAGCAGAGGAGACCAUGAUGCAGGCGAGUCAUGGCUUCAUCACUCAGCAUCCCUGGGCCAAGCAGGUCCGAGCCUUCAUCAACCUGGAGGCAGCGGGGGUGGGGGGCAAAGAGUUGGUGUUCCAGACAGGUCCUGAGAACCCCUGGUUGAUCCAGGCCUAUGUCCAUGCUGCCAAACAUCCCUUUGCCUCUGUGGUGGGACAGGAAAUCUUCCAGAGCGGGUUGAUCCCAUCCGACACAGACUUCCGCAUCUACAGGGACUUUGGAAACAUUCCAGGCAUUGAUUUAGCCUUCAUUGAGAACGGCUUCAUCUACCACACCAAGUACGACUCACCCGACAGGAUACCUAGAGACUCCAUCCAGAGAGCGGGUGACAACAUCCUGGCAGUACUGAAGCACCUGGUCAUGUCUAAGGAGCUGGCGGACUCUUCCGAGUAUAGCCAUGGCAACAUGGUGUUCUUCGACCUGCUUGGCAUGGUGAUGGUGGCGUACCCGGCCCGUGUUGGCACCAUCAUCAACUACAUGACUGCCAUGGCAACCUUCCUCUACCUGUUUAAGAAGAGCUCCCAUCCCAGCAACGUGGGAGGUCGUUACGUGAAGGAGCUGGCAUAUGCUACGGUGGUGGUCAUCCUCAGCUGGUUCGUCACUCUGCUGACCGUGGUCAUCAUAGCCUUCGUGGUGUCACUGAUGGGACGAUCCAUGUUCUGGUACAAUGACUUCUACACCUGCAUCUUUAUGUACGGUUCUGCUGCUACUGGGACGAUGGUUCUCAUCCACACACUUUCCAAGAACCUCUACAAUGAGGGUGUGCGUCGUCUGGAACUGGGGGAGCUCUACUUUGACGUGAGCCUGCUGCUGUGGUGUGGUGCACUGGUCUACCUAACAGCUAACGGUAUCUGCUCUGCCUACGUCCCCAUGCUCAUGGUGGCAUUCCCUCUGGUCACCAAGCUGCUCCUUGCCAGGAAGUUCAAACUCCGAGGUGUGUCGGUGAAGUACUAUGUGCUCUACCAGCUGGGUCUGGCUCUGCCAUAUGUCCACUUCAUGUUCCUGAUCUGGGUGGUGUUUGAGAUCUUCACGCCCAUCCUGGGGCGCAGCGGCACAGCGAUCCACCCUGACGUGGUCCUGGCCACCCUCGUUACCCUCACCAUACUCUUCCUCUCCUCCUUCUUUCUCCACUUUAUCUACCUGGCCAGGUCUACUAAGUGGCUGUUGUCAGGUCUGGGAACAGUGUUUACUGUGUUUCUGUUACUUGUAUCCUGUGGUCUGUUCUUCCCCUACACAGCAGACCCCUCCGGCCCACGCCCCAAACGGGUCUUCAUCCAGCAUACCACUCGUACCUUCCAUGGUCUGGAUGGCCAGGUGGAGAGUAGAGACUCAGGUCUGUGGAUCAACAGCUUAGACUACACUGGCAUGCAGCACAUCACGCCUAUCAUACCAGAGAUCAAUGAUACCAUCAAGGCCAAUUGUCAGGAGGACAUGCCUUUCUGUGGCUACCCCUGGUUCAAAUCUGUCAAGGACAACUGGUACCUCCCGGCCCCUGAGGUCUUUCCUAAGUCUCCUGUGGAGUUUCAGCUCCUUUCUAAAGACAAGACGACAAAAUGGGGAACAGUUAAGAUGACUUUUGAAGUCAAAGGUCCCAGCCACAUGUCCCUCUACCUCAUGCUCCACCGAGGGGCCUCUCUGUCUAGCUGGUCGUUUGGGGACAGCACCCCCCACUUUAACCUGGCUGGAGAGUACCUCAUAUUCUACACCCACGGCCUGGACGCCCCCGCCUGGAACUUCUGGUUCGAAAUACAGCCUCCCAGAGAGGAGGACCCGUUGGGCCCAGAGGGGAUGAUCUCAGUAGCCAUCUCAUCUAAUUACUGCUUUGGAGAGGACCAGAGGACUGUUCAGCUAGACGACAUGCUACAGAGGUUCCCCAAGUGGGCCUUCCCCUCUUCCUGGGUCUCCACCUAUCACAUGUACCGAUACUGACACCUAGAAUUAUCAUAUGUACCGAUGCUGAGAUACUGGGCCCGUUGGGCCUGCUUCCCCUCCACACUUUUUUAUAUAUAGUAACAGUAGGACUAACUUACUGACAAAGGCAUGGUCCACCGGAGUUUUCCUUUUUUGUGGGAUUAGGGGUAGUUAAGGCGUUGUUUUUUUUAACUCUCUCUGCCGAACUGUUUUGUAUCAAUGGCCUUGCAUUUUCUACCUCCUGCCAGCUCUGUCAACAAGCACGAGGUCAAAAGCAUCAGUCUUUAGCAUCACUAUCUAUAUUUUCAGUUAAAAGGCUACAGUGCCUUUAGAUGGAUGGUUAUAUCUCUAGCAUCUCUGGUUCUGACCUUUCCAGGGCCAAGCUUAAAGGGACAAUUCACUUUUAUUUAAAGUUUUGCUUAUUUUACACUUCCCUAGGGUGUAUUUGUUUCCUUCAAACUGUUUCUUAUUUUAAAAAAUGUUUAAUGGGUUGAAAGAAUGAAUGUUACUGUGUGAAUUAAAUGGUCAUGUUUGGAUUGUUCAAGAGUUCAUAAAGAGCUAUGAAUUUUGAUAUAUUUUAUUGUACUGCAAGUGCUAUGGAUUUAUUGUUACAGGGAAACUGUGGGUAUUUGAGGAAACGGCACAAGGGUGGGCUCCUAUCUUUUAAAUAUAGUUGAUUAGAAUCUGGCUGUCUUUUCCUGUCUUUUGUUUAACUAGCAAAGUGCAAAGAAAUGUUAAUUCAGGUUGGGCAUGAGUUUUUGCUUGAAUUUGGUUAAAAGGACAGUGAAUUCGUUCAUACUUUGAGAACUUGCUCUUGUGUAUCAGAUCACAAUUUUCUCUCAUAGAGAUUAUUCUGAACUGAAGACACGCGUUACCACGUUGUUUUAGCCUAUUGGUGACAGUCAUACUCUAUAAUUCUGUAAUGUAUCAUUUAUUUCAUGUACACUAAUUGUUUGUGUCAAUUCUUUCAUGACUAAUACAUCCUAUUAGUUGAAUAGAGUAACUGCAUUCCUCGUUUUACAGAGUAAUUCUUUAGUUGACCAUACGCUUAUAAUUUAGAAGGUCUAUUGGUAGUUGUUAUAGACACUAUACACAUGGCAUAUUCUGGGGUACCACCUUGACAUCUCUGAUCUGCUUGCCUCAAUAAAUGAAUGCUAGAACAUUGGUUUCCAGGAUUA